AGAAUAAUCAAGAUGGAGAAAUUGUUUAUCUUUUUUUUUUUUUCCUAUUCAUCAUUAUUAUGCCUUCGCAUAUCGGAAAAGGAAUUCUCGCUACAGUUUCUUUGCUUGCAUGUAUCUAUCACGAUAGAGCCGUGUUUGAUCCAAAGAGACCUGAUAUCAAGACACAGCCCGGAUGGCCACUUGUAGGAAACCUGCCUAUCUUGCUUCAAUACUUGAUGUAUAUCCAUGAUUUCUUGUUGGAGGGUUUCACAAGAUUGGACGAUAUGACUUUAACGUUGUCGGCUUUGGGCAUUCCUAGACAUGUUGGCACUAUUGAUCCCCGAAAUGUUGAGCAUAUUUUGAAAACCAAUUUUGAAAACUACAUCAAAGGACCUGAGUUCCAUGGUUCGAUGAAUGAUCUCUUUGGUAAUGGAAUCUUCAAUGCCAAUGGAGAAGAAUGGAAAUACCAGCGCAAGACUGCUAGUAUUAUUUUUAAUGUAAAAAACUUUAGAGACCAAUUCACAGAGGUCUUUAUGAAGGAGCUUCAAGUGAUGCAAACUAAGAUAUGGGAUGUUGCUGCACAAAAUUUUGAAGUUGUUGAUUUCCAUGAAGUCAUGUACAAGUUUACGCUUGAUUCCUUCAUCAUGCUUGGCUUUGGUGUCGAACUGAACUCCCUUUCUGCAAAAGAAAAGGUUCCCUUUGCUGUUGCCUUUGACGAGGCACAAAAGAAUACCUUUUUAAGAUUUGUUAACCCCGUUUGGUCCGUCACAGAACGUAUAGCUGGUCUUCUGAUGCCUUGGAAAACCAGCAUGAACGAGCAUCUGGCCGUCGUUGACGGAUUCGCUCGAGAAGUAACUGAAAAACGAAGAGCUCAGCUGGCAGCAGGAGAGAUUCAUACUGAUCUCUUGUCUCGUUUUAUGGACGCUCGUAACAACAAGGGAAACCCACUGAGCAAUGACGAAUUACGCGAUAUCGUUCUUAAUUUUGUUAUUGCUGGUAGAGAUACCACAGCUCAGGCACUUUCAUGGACGUUCUAUAUGUUGAUGUGUCAUCCUCGUGUUGAAAAGAAGUUACUGGAAGAAAUCAAUGAACACAUUACCGAUGUUGAUAAUCUCGAUGCUCCCACUCUUUAUGAGAAAAUCAAGAGCAUGAAUUACGCCCAUGCUGUCUUUUAUGAGGUACUUCGACACUAUCCUUCUGUUCCGCUCAAUCAAAAGUACGCUCUGAAUGAUGACAUUUGGCCAGACGGAACUCGUAUCAAAAAGGGCGAUUAUGUCUUGUGGUGUCCCUAUGUCCAAGGUCGCUCAGAAAAAGUGUGGGGUGCAGAUGCCAAAUUGUUUAAGCCUGAACGAUGGAUAACCCCAGAAGGAGAACUUCGUCGGGAAUCGCAAGGCCAGUGGCCUGCGUUCCACGCAGGACCUCGUGUUUGUUUAGGUCAACACUUGGCCACUCUUGAAGCUCUGGUAGCCAUCACCUUCCUUCUUAAGCGUUACAAGUUUAGUCUAGUCCCUGGCCAAGAUAUUAGAUAUCAAGUAUCAUUGACUUUGCCAAUGAAAUACGGCAUGAAGGUCAUGGUUGAAAGGCGUGAACAAUAAAAAUAAAGUUCAAUUUCUGUUUUUGGACAAAUUUC